GCAGCUAACACCUCGCCACUGAGCUACAAGAACACAUACAAAUACAGCCUUGCACAACAAUUACAGAUCUUGCAAGUUUUCUCUUUUUUUUUUUUAAGUGAAAGUGAAAUGAAACUUACAGGUGUAAGUUUCAUUUUUUUGAGUAUUUGUUUGUUUGAGUAUAUACUCAUAAUAUUUAUGAGGUAAGUAAUGCAACCAUCAUUAAUUCUUUACGUAAUAAAAAAUCUACAAGAAAUAACUUGACAACAAAACUUUUACAUUGUUCUGUUAAUCAUUGAUAUAUCCCAUCUAUAUUAUAUUUUCGGCAUACUGAUGAAUCAAGACAGGUGUAAAAAGGCCAUACAUGUUUAAUUUUGUCAAAGAAAAAGUAUAUACCAUUUAUUAGAUUAUAAUCUAUGAGAACAAUAAAAUUGCAAUAAUACUAUAUAUUCUAUUAUAUAUAUACUAUAUGUAUAAUAAUUUCCAUGUUUUUUUGUUUUUUCACUCAUUUGUCUUGUAAAGCUGCUUUGAAGAAAUGCAACAUUGUUAAAAAGCACUAUAUCUAUAUAUAAAUAAAUGUUACUUGAUAAAACAAUUAGUCAAGAAUAUACACUUUGCACCUAUUAAAGGUGGGGUGCAUGAUCUCUGAAAGCCAAUGCUGAUAUUUGUAAUCACCUAAACAAAUAUGCCCCUACCCCAAAAGAAUCUGGACCUCAUUUUAAUAGACCCGCACCACAUAUAUGCAACCCAGGCAAUGAUGUCGGUUAGUAGACAUGCUCCUUACUGCUGAUUGGCUACACGUGUGUUUGGUACUCGGCCGACUUCCUUUCCCAAAGUAUUUUUCAAAAAUCAUGCACCCCGCCUUUAGCACAUUCAGAUUCAGGACAGUUAUACUGUUAUUAGACCACAACAUUAUUCUUUAGGUCAGUGGUUCUCAAACUUUUUCGGCAUGCGGCCACCCCUUGUAUACGGUGCCUCCCUAUGUGGCCCUACCAAAUAAAAAUUAUGACAUAAAACAUUCCAAAACUUAAUAUUUUAAUUAAACAAAACAUGAAAUUAUACAAUGUAGUGCUGUUGCAUAGUAGCCUUAUUUUUCUGAGAUUUAAUUACAAAGAAUUUAUGAUAAAUGUAUUUAUUUUAUAAAAUAAAAAAACAGGGCCCCCCUGGCACCAUCUCGGGAGCCACAGCCUCUAGUUUGAGAACCACUGCUUUAGAUUUUCAUAUGUCACAUGGAUUCAAGCAAACUGCAGGGAUGAUGUAAUGAUGAACGUUUUUAAAAGUAGUGUCCUUCUUGCCAAAGAAUAUAAAUCUGGAAAAUAUGAUGAAAAUAAAUUGUCCAUUGUACAUAUGUUUUCAUUAAUCAUUGUAUAAAUUUUUUUGGUGUGGGGGUUGGGGUGGAUGGGUAUGUUUGCUAGUUAUGAUUUUGGAUAACUACCAUUGCACUAUGUCAUCUUGCAUGGCUCUUGCCCAGAUUUUAAUCCAUUUUGUUAAACUGAACUAUCACAGGAGCAUUAAAAGCUUUGCCAGUAAAUCGCCUCAAUAAUCUUUAUAAUCAGUUCAUUUCAAAGUUACACAGACAUCACUGGCAGUUUUUGAUCUCCUUGUGGUUGUUAUGAAGCGACUUAUCAGUUCUUUGUAUUUUUUAAUAUACUUGUAAAACAUCUAAAUACCCAUUUUAAAUCGAAUAAAUGUAAUAUAAGAAGCAGAUGAGUAUAAUUUAAAGAUGAUUUAUUUGACUGUGAAUGACAGCACAGAUAUUAUGCGUGUUUGUGAAGUUAAAUUUCACUGCGUGCCACAAGAGGGCAGCUUGACAGAUUUGUUAUGGGUUAUGGCCUAAUGAUGAUUUCUGUUAGCUGUAGAGUAAAAUGUUUUGUUUUUAUUUUAUUUGUUUGUUUGUUUUAAUUGUUUUACUUUAAUUGUUUUACAUGUUCAAAGUAAAUAUGUUCAAAUAAUUUCUUUUUUUUUACGUCUAAUAAAAGACCCACGCCUGUGACGGAUUUUUUUUUUGCACUGCAGGUACAUUAUUUACUUUAAAACACAUUAAUUACGAUAUAUCACAUAGCUCUUUUAAAUGGGUAGAUUAAUUGUUAGAUCAGUAUGACUUUUGGUAUGUAGGCUAUUUAUGUAUUUUUAUUAUGUUUUAGAUUAUUUGUGUAUUUUUUUAAUCAAACAUUUCAAGAUAACUUGUAACAAUUAUAUAUUUUCACUGGAAUCUGUUUUUGUUAUUUAUGUUUUUAUUAAUCUGUAAAAUAAUUUUUCAAAAAUCCCCACAGAACCUUUCUCACACGUUCCGUUUUUCAGCACGGCGUGUUAUCAGUGCAACACAUUUUAUGCUAACCGCGGGCUCUUUUCUGAAUUCAUAGGAUCUGCCCUUCAACAUUAUAACGAACACAUUUUUCAUUUACCUUAUAUGAUAAGAAUGUCAAUUUUUUGUAUUUGAAAAGCUGUACAAUCAACAUGAAUCUUGACAGGCUUCGUAAAAGAGUGAGACACUACAUUGAUCAGCAACAGUACCAAAGCGCUCUGUUCUGGGCUGACAAAGUAGCAUCAUUAUCAGAUGAUCCUCAAGAUAUUUAUUGGUUAGCACAGUGCCUUUAUUUAACAGCACAAUAUCACAGAGCCUCGCAUGCUCUCAGAUCACGCAAGCUUGACAAGUUGUAUGGAGCCUGUCAGUAUUUAGCUGCAAGGUGCCAUUAUGCUGCCAAAGAAUAUCAGCAAGCUCUGGACAUAUUGGACAUGGAGGAAGCAGCCAGUAAGAAAAUAUUGGACAGGAAUGUAAAAGAGGAAAAUGGGUCAAGAGAAACAGCAAAGGAAUGGGAAAUGUCUCCUGCGUCAAUCAACAGUUCCAUCUGUCUCCUGCGGGGGAAAAUCUAUGAUGCCAUGGACAACAGACCCCUAGCAACGUCUAGCUACAAAGAGGCCUUGAAACUAGAUGUCUACUGCUUUGAAGCCUUUGACCUUUUGACGUCCCAUCACAUGUUGACUGCUCAAGAGGAAAAAGAUUUUCUGGAUUCUCUGCCCUUAAGUCAACAGUGUACAGAAGAGGAAGUGGAGUUGUUACGUUUUCUUUUUGAAAACAAAUUGAAAAAGUAUAACAAACCAAGUGAGAUGGUCGUCCCAGAUAUAGUCAAUGGUCUCCAGGACAACUUGGAUGUUGUUGUCUCUUUGGCAGAGCGGCAUUAUUACAACUGUGACUUUAAAAUGUGCUACUCGCUUACGUCUAUGGUUAUGGUGAAAGACCCAUUUCAUGCCAACUGUUUGCCAGUGCAUAUAGGAACUCUUGUUGAGCUAAGUAAAGCAAAUGAGUUAUUUUUCCUGUCUCAUAAAUUGGUGGAUUUGUAUCCUAGCAAUCCAGUUUCGUGGUUUGCUGUUGGAUGUUACUACCUUAUGGUUGGACAUAAAAAUGAACAUGCGAGGCGAUAUCUCAGUAAGGCCACCACACUGGAGCGCACAUACGGACCGGCGUGGAUAGCAUACGGGCACUCGUUCGCUGUUGAGAGCGAGCACGACCAGGCCAUGGCUGCAUACUUCACAGCCGCUCAACUUAUGAAAGGGUGUCACUUGCCAAUGCUGUACAUAGGUCUUGAGUAUGGGCUUACAAACAACCCAAAGCUGGCAGAGCGUUUCUUUAGCCAAGCCCUAAGCAUCGCCCCCGAGGACCCCUUUGUCAUACAUGAGGUAGCUGUGGUUGCCUUCCAAAAUGGAGAUUAUAAAACAGCUGAGAAGUUGUUUCUGGAUGCUAUGGAUAAAAUUAAAGCCAUAGGAAAUGAGGUAACGGUGGACAAAUGGGAGCCGCUUCUAAACAAUCUGGGUCAUGUAUGUCGAAAAUUGAAGAAAUAUGAGCAGGCCCUCGAAUACCACAGACAAGCUUUGGUCCUCAUCCCACAGAAUGCCUCAACUUACUCAGCCAUCGGUUACGUUCACAGCCUCAUGGGAGAUUUUGAGAGUGCCAUUGACUACUUUCACACUGCACUUGGUCUUAAAAGGGACGACACCUUUUCAGUAACCAUGCUGGGCCACUGCAUUGAGAUGUAUAUCAGUGAUUCAGAUGCUUAUAUUGGAACUGACAUUAAAGACAAAGUGAGAAAGACCAUCAACACACCUGCACUGAUAAAGAUGCUCAACACUUCAUCUGAUGGCAAUGACAGCAGAGCACCACCAACAGAGGAGGUGAACUUUUCUUUUAACGUUGACAAACAAACCGACGCCUUCCAGCGCUUCCUUUUAGAAUGUGACAUGCGCGAGAGCGACAUGAUAGAAACGUCCAUGUCUGACACGAGCACGUGAUUGUGACCUGUAAAAGGGUCUUAGAGGAACUUUGACUAUGAGCUUGAGAUGAUGAUGGAAUUUGAAAAUAAAGCGGACACGACAACUCUCCCUCUGCUGCCCGCUGUGUCCAUUAUGUUGGACCCCUGUGGAUUUUUUUUACUAUGAAUAAAUGUCAAGAAGUGAAUGCAGAAGGUUUGAAACUAAUGAUUUAAUCAAUAAAUCCUGCAUCCAUAUUUUA